UUGAGAUUUUCACAUAUGGAUUUACAGCACCUAAGAAGACAUGGAGACAUCCUUAAGAGAACUGUUGGGGGCUAUUUCAUUGUACAGGGCAGAGCUGAUGACACCAUGAAUCUUGGUGGCAUUAAGACAAGUUGUGUUGAAAUUGAGCACGUGUGCGAUCGGGCCGAUGAAAGCAUCAUGGAGACUGCUGCAAUUAGUGUAGCGCCAGUUGAUGGUGGUCCAGAACUCUUGGUAAUUUUUGUGGUGUUAAAGAAGGGAUUUAAUGGUGAACCAGACAAGUUGAAAAUGAAAUUCUCCAAAGCCAUCCAAAGCAACCUCAAUCCUUUGUUUAAGGUGAGCUUGGUUAAGGUUGUGCCUGAGUUUCCUCGAACUGCUUCUAACAAGUUAUUAAGGAGAGUUUUGAGGGAUCAAAUGAAGCUUGAGUUAUCCCUACGGAGUAAAAUAUAGCGGUGGCAUAUUCACCUAACAUAUCCUUCUAAAUGGAUGAAUAUAGUGUCCACAAGAUGAACAGGUUGUCAGUGAAUUUAUCUGGUUCUUGAAACAUUUCUGGAUAGGAUCCUGGAAAUAAGGCAAUGGUUCUUGAAAUUCGCGUUUUUUCCUUCCAUUUAGAGGUGGAAAAUGGCAGGUGGCUCAUGUAUGAAAGCAUGAAAAUUUAAAUUUAUUGAUGGAACUUCUUAAAAUGUAAGUAGUAAAUAUUUAAAGAAUUAAUUUUCUGAAAUUUUUAUAUGUGAAGGCCUCAAGCAUAUUCCAGGAUGUUGUCUUAAUUUCAAGAUGUUUGUGGUUUUAACCUUGCUCUUUAUUCCAA